GAAGAAACAAACAUAAAAUGGAAUUUAGUGUUUAUAAAAUAAAAAGAAACGUGCAACAACUUGUAUCGUUGGUUCAGACACCAAACGAAAAAUUAACUUUCUUACUUGAUUUUUUGGAGAAAAAGAGUUAUCGGAGCUGCGACGUUGAAUUUUUGCUCAGAUGUUUAAGCAGAUCUUUACUUGAUGAGACGUUGACGAUACCAAUUGCCACUGCAUUUGAAGACUGCUUAUUGUUGCUUAUUACAAAUGCUCUAGAAGGCAAUGAUUUUGAAAAUGACAUCGAAUACCAAUGGAAAUGUAUCGCUUUGUCAAAACUUAUGCAUUUAUCAUUAUGCGCUAAACGUUUUGCGCUAUCUUACUUCUUGAACAAGCCACCCCCAUUUUCCACAUCUCGUCAUGAGGUAGUAUCGAAGAAAUCUAAAACAAUUUUAAAUGAAAAGCCAGAUACCUUAGCUAUGGUCAAGUGUUGUUUUUAUCUUUUGAAAUCAGACACUAGUUUUUUCAAGGAUCUUUGGAAUUGGUCGGAAUUUUUGCUUUGUUACGUUGAUCGAUCCGAUAAUGUGAGUACACUUUUGAAAGUGUACACAAACCACAUCGUAGCCAUGUUAACAAAUAUGAAUGCUUCAACUGUACAUAAGCUGAACGAAAAAAUACCAGAAGAACUACUUAUUGAAUUUCACGAUGAACAAGAGUCUAUGAAACUUUUAGAUUUACCACAUUCGGUUGAAGGCGAAUUGACAGAAGUUUCAGAUGAUACUAUUUGUAUAAGCGGAAAUUCUGCAUUGUUUGUUACAAAUAUUGAAGGAGUAUUUUUACCAAUUUUUAACAGAGAAAAUUACGAAUUCUUUCGAUCAGCCGAGAACAAUCAAGAGAGCAUUGUUCGCGUUGAAUCAACAAGAGUGAAUUUGCGUAGCAUUGCGCUAGGUGUCACGUCUGGAAAAGCUAUAUGCCUCUCUGGUCCAGUGGGUUGUGGUAAAACUACUCUUGUUGAGUAUUUGGCUCGUAUGACCGGAAGAAUUGCCGAGAAGAAACAAGUGGUAAAAGACGAAUUAAAUUCUGUGCUGAACCAAGAAAACAAUCAGAUAAUCGGUAACACUAAUACUAAACAGAGUAUUUGCAAUAAGCGAAAAAUUGUGCCCAGCGAUCAUGCAAGUUCCUCGCCAGCUAAUGGAUUUUUGCGAAUACAAUUGGGUGAUCAGACCGAUAGCAAAAUGUUACUGGGUCAAUAUCAUUGCACGGAUGUGCCCGGUGAAUUUAUAUGGCUACCAGGUGUUCUUACGCAGGCUGUCAUGAAUGGUUAUUGGUUGCUUCUAGAGGAUUUGGACUGUGCUACUACGGAUACAUUUACUGUUUUAAGCAGCCUGCUUGAAAAUAAUUAUCUCAGUGUACCAGGAUUUCGUGAUUGUGUUAAAGUAACUCCUGGCUUUCAGUUGUUUGUGACUGUGAGGACACACAAAUCUUCCUCAUCAAACUGGUCACAGAAGGCACUGUUUACUUUGUUGGAGAAACAUUUGUACCCAAUUAACAUCUUGCCAUUAUCGCGAAAUGAACUGUGCGAAGUCAUAAGCUGCAAAUAUUCUAAAUUGGCUACGGUGGCCAAUCGCAUGGUAGAUGUUUUUCUUACGUUUUCUAGUGGAGAUCACAAUGUAGCCGACAAUCUUCGCCAGCAAGAGACCAGUGACAAGGCAAAUACAACUGAUUCAUUCCUAAAAUUGCCCUACGAAGAAGUUAGUAUGACAUCUACGACAACAUCGGGACGCUUAGUUUCAACGCGUGACCUUAUUAAGUUGUGCCAAAGAUCGAAUCCCACUUUUUCUGUUACCAGCACAGAAUGUGCAUAUUUUGUAUUCCAAAAUGCCGUCGACAUAUUUUGUUCCUAUUUACCAAACAGCAAGGAAAAAACGAAAUUAAUAGUUGGAAUUGGAGCAAAAUUAGGGAUUAUACCGUCACGCUGCGAAUACUUGGCAGAUGAAUUCAAGCCUGAAGUUUGCGUAGACAGCGAACGUAUUAAAGUUGGUCGAGCAGAGCUUUACGCUCGAUCAACCGCAUCUAUAGUCGAUGAAAUAAAUGAAAUGCCAAUGAAGGAACUUUCUACUGAAGAUCAAUCGCUAAAGAGACUGAAGUUGUCAAAUGGCGAAGGCAAAGUCAUACGGCAUUUUUCCACAAAACGAAAUACAUCAGCUGCAACCUUUUCAUUUACGCGACUGGCUUCUUGUUUGUUGGAACGUAUUGCAGUUUGUGUAGCUAAUGCAGAGCCCGUUUUGCUAGUAGGAGAAACUGGUGUGGGCAAGACGUCCUCGGUGCAGUAUUUGGCCGCACGAACUAAACACAAAUUGGUUGUUGUCAACAUGAACAACCAAUCUGAUGUUUCUGAUUUAGUAGGAGGCUUUAAGCCAGUGGAUCUAGCGUAUGUUAUAGCUCCAAUGCGAACAGAAUUUGAAUUGCUCUUCAGAAGGACAUUCAAUCAAUCGAAGAAUGAAUCAUUCCUAACGAAAUUCAGUAUCUGUUAUAAUCAGGGCAACUUCUCAGUAAUUGUGAAGCUAAUGCUAAAAGUUGUUGACAAUGUCUUUGAGAAGUCCGAACGUAAUGAAUUGAGGGAGAAAGAUUUACAUUUACUGCCUCGUUGGAUGGGUUUGAAAAUAAAACUACAAAAACUUAACAGUCAACUGAGUAAAUCGAUAAACAUAUCUUUCGCCUUCAUACCCGGAUCUUUGGUUAAUUGCAUAAGAAAUGGCGAUUGGCUUUUACUCGAUGAAAUAAACUUGGCUUCAGCAGAAACAUUGGAAUGUUUAUCGACUAUUUUGGAACCAGACGGCUCAGUUGUAUUGCUUGAAAAAGGUGACUUCACUCCCGUUAAAAGACAUCCCGAUUUUCGUAUAUUUUCCUGCAUGAAUCCAAAUACAGACAUUGGAAAAAAAGACUUACCAGUUGGUAUUCGCAACAGAUUCACGGAGUUUUUCGUUGACGAAGCAGAGACAGAAGCGGAUUUGAGUUUGCUUAUAUCCGACUAUCUAAGUGCCACUGGUAUUCAAAAGAAAAGUGUAAUGAACAUCGUUAAACUGUAUAAGCGGCUGAAAACAUUAGCCAAGCUGGAGCUGAACGAUGGUCUUGGAAAUAGACCUGUUUAUUCUCUGCGUACUCUUUGCAGAUCAUUAACAAUAUGUGCAAAGAAUCUGUGCGGGUCAAUCGAAAGAAACCUUUAUGAAUCUUUCUGCUUGAGUUUUCUGACACAACUGGAUCCCCAGUCACACAAUGUAGUACAACACUUGAUAAAAGAGGCACUGCUUAGCAAUGCCAAAGCCAUACUCCAUCAGGCAAUUCCAAAACCGGGUGAGAACUAUCUUAACUUUGAAGGUUAUUGGAUUGAAAAGGGGCCAAAAGAUCUGCAGGAUUGCAGUAACUACAUUCUAACAGAUAGUGUCAAAGAGAACUUAAAGGAUUUGGCCCGUAUCAUAUCGAUUGGUAAACUUCCUAUACUCUUGCAAGGCCCAACGUCUGCGGGCAAAACAAGUUUAAUUGAUUACGUUGCAAGGCGAAGUGGUAAUCACUGCCUGCGAAUAAAUAACCAUGAACACACAGAUCUUCAGGAGUAUAUUGGUACUUAUACUACCGACGUUACUGGCAAGUUGGCAUUUAAAGAAGGUAUUUUGGUACAGGCAAUGCGCAAUGGUUAUUGGAUCAUUUUGGAUGAACUUAAUUUGGCUUCAACAGAAAUUUUAGAGGCUCUUAAUCGUGUUUUGGAUGAUAAUCGCGAAAUUUUCAUACCCGAAACACAAACAGUUGUUAAAGCUCAUGCUAAUUUUAUGCUCUUUGCUACACAAAAUCCUCCAGGUUUAUACGGAGGCAGAAAAACACUCUCCCGUGCCUUUAAAAACCGCUUUAUUGAACUCCACUUCUCCGAUAUACCUCGAAAUGAAUUGGAAAUUAUAUUAGAAAAAAAGUGUCUUAUUCCGGCAUCGUAUGCUCACAAAAUGGUUGCUUGCAUGGUUGAUUUGCAAAAGAAUAGAAAAUCGACUUCAAAGAACACCUUCACACUGCGUGAUCUCUUCAGAUGGGGUAUUCGCUAUACAUUGGCCGACAAGAAUUUAUUGGAAGAUCCAAAAUAUGAUUGGAAUCAACAUUUGGUCGAAGAAGGUUACCUUGUACUUUCGUCCAAAGUUCGCACAGAAAUUGAGUUGGAAGUAAUUGAUGAAACCUUGUAUAAAAACUUUAAAAAACAUGUUAACUUAAGCAAGUUGUUCGAUACUGGUGGAAUUGAGGAAAAAUCCCAUGUUACCAAAUAUAUAAUUGAUGAAAUUCACAACUUCAAGUCUCGUACCGAUAUCGUAUGGACUCGUAACAUGACCCGUAUGGCGGUACUAACAGCGAAAGCUCUACAGUUCGACGAACCAGUUUUAUUGGUGGGGCCAACUGGAUGUGGCAAAACAACCGUAUGCCAACUGUUGUCAACGAUCCGAGGUGUGAACUUGCGAAUUCUUAAUUGUCAUAUGCACACUGAAGGAGCUGAUUUUCUGGGAGGUCUGAGACCAUGUCGAAACAGCGAUAGCCAGGAGGAAACCAAAAAGUUAUUCGAAUGGGCUGAUGGUCCUUUGAUUCAGUCCAUGGAAGAAGGCUCCUAUUUUAUGGCCGACGAAAUUUCGUUAGCGGAAGAUUCAGUGCUCGAACGUUUAAAUUGCAUUUUGGAACCAGAACGAACGGUUUUAUUGGCAGAAAAAUGUGGCAUUAUUUCUGAAAACCAAUUAACAGAGGGAAUUGCGAAAGAGUUUGUGGUUCAGGCUAAAUCCGGAUUUCAGUUCUUAGCUACUAUGAAUCCAGGCGGAGAUUUUGGUAAAAAAGAACUUUCGCCAGCCUUAAGAAACCGCUUUACCGAGAUUUGGUGCCAACCUUCACAUUCUAGAGAUGACCUUAUAGAAAUUGCGAAUAAUUGUAUCACGGACCAGUUAAAGAACUCGACAAUCGAUAAAGGAGAAAUACUUAAAAUAGCUACAUUCAUAGUAGAGAUGGUUUUGUACAUGAAAAACGUCAUAGACAAGUUCAAAUUUUCCAUUAGAGAUAUAUUGGCCAUGGCAAAUUUUAUUGUAACAAACACGACACUAAGCUUUCCCGAAAAAGCCAUAUUUGGUUUGGAAACUACAUUUUUGGAUGCCUUGGAAAUGUCAUUGCACGAAUCAUCAGACCAAUUGGAGAUUCUUAAGACUCAAAUAAUUGAAUACGCAAUUCAACAAGCAGAUAAGAUAAUAGGCGAAAAAUUCACAUUAUCUGAACUCGUAAAGAAUAAAGGAACCACAGUAGAAUUUACCUCGGAGAAUACUUUUGGCAUUAAGCCCUUUUACAUUAACACCAAUAGCGAAACGAACGAAGCCAUGUUAAACACCAGUAAAAAUUUCCUCUUUGAAGCCCCCACAACCAAGCAGAACCUUUUCCGCUUACUCUCGGCUUUGUCAUUAAAUAAACCCGUUUUAUUAGAGGGACCUCCAGGUGUUGGAAAAACGUCCAUCGUUGAGAGUGUAGGCCAAGCCAUCGGAUACAAUAUCGUUCGUAUUAAUCUUUGCGAGCAUACCGAUCUGGCAGAUCUAUUUGGAACUGAUCUACCAGCCGAAGAUAACAUUUCUAAUUUGAAAUCGGAGGACGAUAAGAAAAACGGAAGCCUGCAAAUUGGUUCAUUUCAAUGGCGCGAUGGUCCAUUACUAGCAGCUCUGAAAGCUAAUAACACCUGGAUUCUUUUAGAUGAAUUGAAUUUGGCCCCGCAAUCGGUUUUAGAAGGUCUCAAUGCAAUACUCGAUCAUCGUGGAGAGGUAUACAUACCAGAACUGAAUAAAACAUUUUCGCUCAAUAAACAAACGCGUGUAUUUGCCAGUCAAAAUCCUCUGAAACAAGGUGGAGGCCGCAAAGGCUUGCCCCAGUCGUUCCUUAAUCGUUUCACAAAAGUAUAUGUCAGAAAACUAACAACCGAAGAUUUAUUAUAUGUUGUUGAAGGCAAAUACAAAAUCUAUUUCGAUGAACUGAAGAACAGUUUUGUUAAGCUAUUACCACCUCAGCAGCGUUCAACUAAUAAUCUCUUUGACAUACAUCGUUCCAUUAAACAAAAGCAGGAAACUCUUUCCGAACAGGAUAUGCUCAGUGGUCAAAGUGAGAUGAUAACAUUGAUCCCAGAAUUUGAUUUAUCCAUGAGAUUGGUUCGUUUUUCAGAGUUAUUAGAUAAUGGUAUAUCAACAAUGGAAUUUGGCUAUAAAGGUGGCCCAUUCGAAAUUAAUUUGCGAGAUAUUCUAUUUUGGUGUGAUCUGUUGAUAAGUCCCCAAACUGGUUUCAAUAUCAAAAACACUGAAUGUUUCACAAGAAACUUUGAUAAUUUCUUAUUGACACUCUACGAACGCAUGAAACUGGUGUAUUACCAACGAAUGCGUUGUGAACAAGACAAACAAUUUAUACGCAAUGCAUUCGAAUCCGUAUUCAAAUGCAAUUCGGAAUAUCUCAAUUCAAUUUCAGAAGAUGUGGGUCUUUAUUGGACCAAUGAGAGGAUCUACAUAAAUGAUAUAAUUCUCGAUCGUGAUAGUCAACCUUUGUAUUUCCAAAAGCCAUUGGAUUGUUCGCCCCUAUUACUGGAAACACAGCGUGAGACUCUUAAAAACUUAGUCGAGUGUGUCCACGUAGAGAAACCUGUUCUUCUGUGUGGUUCUACGGAUACGGGCAAAACAAAAAUAAUAGAUACAUUAUGCUUCAUAUCCAAUCAGAUGUGCAAUUUGGAUAACAUAGACGACUCUGUCACUGGUAGUUUUCAGCAGAUCGAUCUAAAUCGCCACCUCGAAGAAAUAUCUUUUCAACUUGAAUGUAUAUAUCUAAAGUUCAUACAGAACAUAAUUCUGGAUAGUUCAAGCACAGUUAAAAUGAUUUCCGAAUUGUUGGACUCUUGGAACACAUACAGUGUUUUACGCAAUUAUAAAUGUGAAUUGGAAAACAAAUCGUUCGUUUCCGAAGAACUUAUGAAUUAUCGUAGACGAAUAGAUAAACUAAAUAAUGUCAUUGAAGUCCUGCAGCAAUGCAUUAACUCUCCCACUAAUGAAAAAUACAUGGAAGAAUUACAAAAUAUUCGUUCUAAGUUAAAUACGUUGAAAUUACAUGUAAAAAAUACUGAUUCAUUAAACACGGGCGGUUGUUUUGAAUGGGUUGACUCAAAAAUUGUUAAAUCACUCAAGGAUGGCCAAUACAUUUUACUCGAACAUGUAAAUCUUUGCUCUUCUGCUGUACUGGACCGUUUGAAUCCCGUCUUUGAACCGAGCGGUACAUUAAUGUUAUCCGAAAAGGGUGUCACAGGAAAUGAAAAGGCGGAAAUUGUUACAAAGGCUGACAAUUUUAGAGCUUUCCUUACACUAGAUCCCAAAAAUGGAGAACUAUCUCGAGCCAUGAGAAAUCGUUGUGUAGAAAUUUUCAUGAGCAACCAACCACCAAAUCUGGAUGAUAAACGUAUACUUGUUUUUCACCAAGGAGUGCAUGACAUAAAUGCUAUAAACUGCAUAAUUAACAUACAUGACAGCAUUGCAAAACUUACAGAGAUAAAUAACUUAACGAUAUCGCAUCUUACGCAGACAGCAUUUUUGUGCGCAUCGUAUAAGCGAAUUGGCUACCAAAUGAAAAAGGCUAUUUAUGUGAGCGCCAUGGAAGUUUAUGUAUAUUCGGCAUCUACGGAUUUGAUGGGGUAUGGUUUAAAUUACUACCAAAAUAAGUUGAGAGAAAUUGUGAUAAUGGAAUCGGAGAAAUUCAGCACUAAUUUACGCCAAGAUCAUCUAAAGGACGUUGUAUUAAAAUGCAGUUCAUUGACCGAAAUUCCUUUAGUUAAUUUGCAAAUUGUUCCCUUGAAAAUAGUUUUGGAAAACUUGGUAGAGCCCAAACAAACGCAAGAAGCAUUAUCGCUCAUAUUUUCAGACUUUGGAAAUAUAAACAUGGAAAAUAUUAACUUUACGGACUUUGCAAAAUACUUAAUUUAUUUGGUGUAUGAGAUCAGUUCAUUGAAUGAUUUGCGUUUUCGGUAUCUGCAAUUGGAAAAAUGUCUCAAAAAUUAUCCAGAAUUAUGGGAACUUUCCAAGUCCUUAUACAAUUGUGUAGUUAGCUUCGAUAACGAGAAUGUUCUCUCCACGUUGCCUUGGAAUAGUAAAUUAUAUCCUCGAAUACGUGACUACAAGUUGGAGAGUUUAGAAAAGCACGGUUUCUGUUUGAGCAGCACGCUUAUUCUUAACACAUUAAUAGCUCAGAUACCACAAGAGCCAGUAACAAAAAUGAGCACCAUAAAUGUGUUGACAUAUUCGCAGGCCGUGGCAAAGCAAGCAUUAAACGAUAAACUAAACAAUAUCUUCUUACAACAUUUCUCGGUGUUUCUAUUUCAUCUUCAAAAAGUACUUAAGAGUAGUAUGAAUGAGGCACUAUUAGAUAUGGCAUCAUAUACCAAAUUAAUCACAGCAUUACACUGGUUUAAUCGCAUAUUAAAUGUGUCGAAAUUGAAUUUGUAUCUAAACAAGGAGAUUAACACCGAUUUACUGGAUAAGCUAAUAUUACAUUUUAAAUGGCUGGACAAAAAUCUGAUGAAUCUAGUUUACAAAUUAUUGCCCAACAUUAAAACAAUAUCGCCCGAGUUACACAAUAGCCACCAACAACUUUUAGAUUAUGUCUCGAGCAUCAAGCAUCCCUUAAAUGUUCGACGUAAAAUGUAUGCUAAGCAUUUGAUCGAAUUUCAGCCAUUUUCUCAAGAGGAUCAGGUGAAAAUCUUCACGAAAACACAAGAAUUAGACCAAUUGCUUGGUGUAAUUCCCUUGUAUGGUCACUUUGCCCCUGAAGAUGUGAUUAAAAAGUUUAGUGUUCAGAAUAGUGAGAGCACACGGCGAGCAAAUGCUAUCAUUUCGAAAAACUAUACUCUGAAGAAUGAUUUCAAAAAGAUGAAUGAAGUUGGUUUGAAUCGUACCUAUGGAGAAUUCAUACCAGAGGAUUUGAAAUUUAAAUUGCAGCAAUUCUUAAGCAGUUUAGCGGAAAAUACAAUUAAAAAUGUGCAAAUCUCUGCCGAAGAUAUGGACAUCAUACAACUUGAAUUAAGUAAUAUAUCACAAUUAGUGGCUACGGAACCAACGAAAGAGAAUAUGCCGCACGAAAUUCAUUUAAGCACGCUGGCAAUAAGGGAAUACUUUAUGAUUAAAUGCAUAAUAGCUACAAUAGACAAUUCAGCUGUAAAGAAUGUUCAAUUAAACUGUGAAUAUCAGGAGGAAAUUCCAUUUUUAAACAGCACUAUCACAUCGUUGCUAAAUACAUGCAAAAUGCCGUACUACCAAAAAUAUCGUGAUUUAUGGUUUGAUCUCUCUGGUUACAUAAACAUCAUGCAGUCUUCCAAAGAAUUCGAAGAACUUGUCCUGUAUUUAGAUGGAGGUUACAAACACUUAUCUGCCUUAAGCAGACUUCUUUCGAAUUCGGUUCACAGAAUACAACUUGAGAGUCUAAAUUCUCAUCCCGAAUGUGUACGAAUCCAUGCAUGCAAAGAUAACAUACAGAGUCAAAAUACGGUUGCAGGAGCGCCUUUCAUCAAUAUGAUGUCUAGUCUACUAUUCGCUGGUGGAAGUGGUGCUUUUAAAUCAGUACCUUUGUGUGAAUUGGACAUGUGGAAAAAAUCAUUAGGUCAACUGUGCCAGAUAGUCUGGCACAACUCUAUGCUUGUAACACCAACCUAUAGUGUGCAAUCUAACAAUUAUACAAGAUCUUUACGAAAUGCAAAACGUCUACUAACGGAAGUGAAAUAUCUGGAGAUGUUCUGUCAACAAGACGCUGACAAGAAUUUAACAAAUUAUACGCAAUCAUUUCAUAAUUUGAUCUCAAAAAUGAACGAUUGCGUGGCAGAUUCCGAUGAAAACAUUACGGAUAAAAACGAUGCGAUAGGAAAUCAAGUGGUAAUGUAUAAGACUUCUUUAAUGAACACUUUAGUUGGUUGCAUUGAAUUGUGUCUUAUUCCCUUCACGCCAUUAAUAGACCCCGUCGAAAAGAAUCGAUUAAAGAACGAAUAUAUGGCGGAUGAUAUUUAUUGCUUGAGUAGCUUUAAAUCUGCUUACGAUUUCACCAGAAUUUCAAUGAAAUAUAAACAUUUGGGUGAAGAAAUUUAUGAAGCCCUCAACAAAAGUCUCAUCUUGUUGAAAGAGAGACAGAAUAAACUGAAAGAAAAGGUGGCGCUGAGACCAGAUACAUGUUUAUACAGUGCGUUGGUUAAGGAUAUAACACAUUUCCUCACUACGAAUUGUAAUCCAGAUGUUUUGCUAAAACUUAUUAAUAGUAUUGAAACAACAUGGAACAUCCUAUUCGGAAACAUAAAUUCUGACAGUUUGACCGAAACUCUUGAAAGUUGCGCAGAAAUUAUAAAUAAGCUCAAUUUAUGGAUAGCAAACUCUCAACGUUUUGUUCAUCAUACGCUGAAACCGUAUUCACUGUAUUACCAGGACUUCCUGCAGCCUCUGCAAUGUUCAAUCAAUCAAUUGCGUUUUGGCUUCGAAGGCCUAAAGCUUGUUCUGAACCAGAUUAAAAGCAAUAUACUAGUUGAGGGUGAUGGGUCAUAUGUCAACAUUAAUGCCAACAACAAACUACAUAAUGUUUUAAAGAAUAUUGCAGAAUUUCCAAGUAGUAAAAUGCUUAACAUCUUUAAUGUCAAUUCAUCCAGAGACAUUUUACAAAACCGUUGUCCUGUCUUCAGUAUACUCAAUAAAAUGUCUGGAUGUGAAUCGGAUUAUUUCCAUUUGUUGAAAGCAAAGGUUGUCGAACUUAAGAAUCGUGUUGGUAUUUCCCACUUAAUCAAUCAAGAAUUAUUCGCAGAAUUCGAUUUUGCAUUUAACAUAAUCAAUCAAGUGUGGCAACGAGAGGAAGAACUAAGGCGGCAAAAACAAAAGGAAGAUGAAAGCCUUUAUCUGACAAAAACUAGGUGUGCAGAUGAGGACGAAGAAAUGCAAGAAUUACAGGAAAUCGACGAAGUGUUUCCAACUACAAUUCAUGAAGAUUUCGGUGACUUCAUACAAGAAGAUACUCUGGAAAAGGUAAUCAAAUUAGACUCAAAAAAGAUACAGAAAACAAAAAAAGACACCACCAUUGUACAAGAAAAAGAUUAUGAGUUUAUAGCCAAGAAUUUUGUUGAAAUCUUGGUGAAAAGCUCUCGAACCUAUUAUCAUCCUAAACCUAAACGUUCCGAUGCUACUGAUAAAAUAGAGUUUGUAGACUAUUUCAAAGAGCGUUUCCAGGUAUUUCUAAAGAUCUACAAUAAAUACAAAUCCUCUAUAAAUAACUGGUUAGAUGAAGAAUGCUUCAGUAGCUUUUACUUUAGCAUGGCUAUCCAAAGGGAUGUAUUGGAGGAAAAUGUAACAUCUAAUUUGAAACAAGAUAAACCAUAUAAUUUCUAUAAGGAUUCGAAUAUCCAAGAAAUAGUAGCUUGUGCAGAUGUACUAAACAGUAUUGAACAAAGGGUCACCCAACAAUUGGAAUUAUAUCCAGAGCAUGCAACCUUGAUUGAUAUACAAAAAAUAAUUGAACGUAUUCGUAUUUUGCCGUCAACGGCUCCAGUAGCACGGUAUAAUACAGGUUUUCAGAUAUUACGCCAAAAUGUUGCCCUCUGGAACGAAGUUGCUCAUAAAAACAACAACCUUCAAGAUGAGGAACAAGAGAUUGCCCAAUUUGUUCAGAAAUGGACACGUCUGGAGUUACAGUUUUGGCGCAAUUGUUUAACCCAUACUUAUGAAAAGGUUGAGUCGACUGCCUACAAAUACUGGUUUUUUAUUUAUAAUCUAAUCCAUGAAUUUAUUGCCGAGCGAGAAAUUGACGCUUCCCUUGCCAACAUUCAUUUCACCGUAAAGAGAUUUGAAGAACACGAAGUUCUCGAUCCCACUGAUGCCAGUGCGAAAAAAUGCACAGUUGAGACGAAAGAUAUCAUUAACAUUUUAAGGCAGUUCUUAGAAUCAUCAUGUUAUGGUGAUUUUGGCGUAAGAAUGCAACUGCUUUUAGCGUUCGAACUCUAUCUACACAACUGUGUCAACUAUGCAGCAAAGGAAAGUAAUGACCCCAAUAGCAUCCAAAUAUGGGAAUUAAUAUCAGGUCUUCGGAAUUUGCAGUUGUAUUUCGAUCAAUUUUCUCAGGAGAUCGAGGAGCACAAAAAGUCGAUUAAGGCGCCUAUUGAGAAGAAACUAAAAGAAUUGGUUAAAAUUGAAAGUUACAACAAAGAUUUAUCCUACUUUAAUAUGCGCAACAAUGUUGCUCGUGUUCAUCGAAAUCUUAAUAAAUUCCUCAAGGAAUACGAGCGGCAGCUAAAAGAGAAAAUAACAUCAGUUUUCCAACCAAAAGAUUCGACAGCCAAAGACUACAACUUUGCCAACGACAAAGGAAAACAUUUAAGAUAUGAUUCUAAAAUGAAAUAUUAUAUGGUUGAUGCCAGGUAUUUUGUUUUGGUAUCGAAGCAAAAAACAAAUACAACUGAGAUGACGAGUAAUGCCGAUUCACCACAGACUUUACUAUCGAAAGCACAGCGUCUAUUUAAUACCUCGCGCAAUGUGGUGAAGGAGACUGUAACAAAUGCUCAUUAUCCGAAACUUAUAAUUGCUUUGGACUCGCUGUUAACUCAGCAGUUAGAAAGGUGUGAUCAUCUACGAAAUUUGACAGUAGAUAGAACUAAAGAACGGCCGAAACAAAAGUUGGAAGCAAAGCAAAUAUUACAACAAAAACGUAAAGCAUUAACGGAUCUCUUCAAAGCUCUGUCAACGCUGGGUGUUAAUUAUAAAACGGGAUUAAUGGAAUUAUCAAUGAGCACCGAAUUCGAAGAUAUAUUUUUGCCUCCAUUCUGCAUUAAGACCAUGCUGUCCAACUUCAAGGAAAAACGUCUUCAGCCUAAAUUGGUGCAGCUAAACGAAAACUUAGAUAUGUACUUUAAUAAAUGUGUCUUCAAACUGAAAUUGCUACGCAAUAUAAUGUUGACGCCUUUGUCUGAACUAGGCCCACCUAAUAUUGAGCGCAUAAAAGGUUACGCUGUCGACUUGUUCCUUUUGGUCCAAAACCAAAGGAGACUCUUAGCUACAACCACUAAGAUUAUGUAUGAUAACCGAGUUUUGCUGCAACAGCUGAAGGAUUUGGAAGAUAUAAACAAUAAGGCUCAGCUUGACGAGAGUCAUAUGAAUUUCAGUAGAUUCCGUGACCGAUGCGACGCAUUAAAAACCGUUGUUACACGUAUUCGCUAUGUUUUCGAACAAUUGAAAUUGUAUUUCUUGCGCAUUCCAUCCAAUGGCUGCAAGGAAAACAUUUUAUUUGCUGAUGUAGAUGGUGGACAUGUAGACCCAAGUGCCCUUAUAUCAGAUUGUGAAAAUGUUUUGUCAUUGUCGAAAUCAACACUAGACAGCUUAAACAAUGACAGCAGUGAAUUUAUAUUUAAAGAUCGUCUAAAUCACUAUAGAAAUUCCUACAACAAACUAUACACUUCAAUACAGGACAUUUUGAAGAAUUUCAAAACUAGCGAAAACGAAUACUUGCCCAUAGCCAAACCUCUUAUCGACCUUUCAACACAUGUCAACGAAACCAUUCUAGAGGCAUUUAAAGAUGCAAGUAGUGAUGAAAACUCAGAAUGUAGCUUAGAAAGUGUCGAUGUGGAACUGGAAGCUAUAAUUCAUUCUAUGCUUAUGUCUCUGCAAAAACUCUACAAAAAGUAUCCGUCAAAAACUCAAUCGGAUGAGGAGGAGAAACAACAAAUCAAAAAGAAAGCUUCCGACGAAGAUAACGAAGAAUUAGAGGAGCAUCAUUUGAAGAAAAAACUGUACGUUGCACUCAAAGACGAUUGGAAUGUGAUGGAUAUGGAGAAAAUCAAUGAACAAUUUAUGAAUGUUCUUCUUACACUUAAACUCUCGGAGCCAUCAGUAGAGAAAAUUGAACUCAUUCAAAAAUUAAUAAGCAUUCAACCACUUCUUGAACAAUUUAAUUUGAUGGCAGAGUACUUUUUGUGCCAGCAGUUGGGAGCGCACAAAGUAUCCGUUAAAAUGUUAUCGAUAAUCCUUACUGUGUUCGUAGAAAUCGGUACGAAAGGCUUCUGUGUGCCACAAGAUCUGAUGCAAGACGAAGAAGGUGAAUCGAAAAAAGACCAAAAAGAAGGUGAGGGCUUUGGUCUGGAAGAUGGAACAGGAGAAAAAGAUGCUUCAGAUAAAAUUGAAUCUGAAGACCAAUUGGAUGAUGCAAAACGUCCUGAGGAUCGCAAGGAAGAAAAUGACAAGGACGAGCCAAAUGAUUGCAAAGAAGAAAAGGGAAUUGAGAUGAGUGACAAUUUCGAGGGGGAUAUGCAGGAUAAAGAAAAACCAAAUGAAGAAGAUGAUAGCGGGGAGUCUGAGAAUGAGGAAGAUAUGAGUAAAGAGAUGGGUGAAACCGAAGAGGGUGCAGACAAAUUAGAUGAUCAGAUUUGGGGUGACGAUGAAGCUCCAGAAGAACCGGAAGAGGAAAAGGAAAUGCAAGAAGAAGACGGCAAAGGAAAUGGUGACGAACAGGAUGCUCAUAAUGACCUGGAUUCCAAGAAUGAAACAUCAAAGGAUGACGAUGGCAAAAAUGAUCCUGAAAAGGAUGGUUUGGACGCCACAAAUGAACCAAACGAUGAGGACAAGCGGAAGCGCGAAGACAAAGAUAUAGACGAUAUGAGAGAUGAAGAAGGUGAUCAAGAUCAAGUCAAUCCAUACCACAAUGAACUGGAGGAGCCAGAUGUACCAGAAGAUUUCGAUUUAGGAGAUCUUAAUGUGAACGAUGACAAUGAAGAGGACGAUAAACAGCAAAACGACGAUAAUCCUUUCGAUAUUGAUACUAUGAAAGAUAAUAUGCAAGACGCUGAAGAAACGCAAGACAACCAAAACGAUGACGAUGAAACAGGCGAUAAAGACGAAAAUAAGGAGAAUGUGAGUGAUGACAGUGACUCAAAUGAUGAAGAUGCCGAUGACGUUGAUAAUAGUGAGUUGAAAAACGGCAAUGAUGCCGAUGAGGAACAACAAAAUGAAGAAGAAAUUCAAGAAGAUUCAAAUGAAGUUGACGAGCAGAAAAGAGGUCAAAACGAAGAUGACAAUACAGGGGAGGAAGAAAAAGAAAAUAGAACUGAAAAACACGAGGAAUACGAACAAUCUAAAGAUCAGCCGAUGAAAGAGGAAAAUAUGCAAUCAGUUCCCGAAAUUGAACCAAAAGGUUCGAAAGACCAGUUAGAGGCUGAAAAAACCGAUACCGAUGUACAGCAAGAUCAAAAUAUAGACGAACAGGAUACGGGAGAAGAUAAAGAGGGCGUAGGUCAAGCUGAAAAUGAGACUAACGAUGGAGGUCAUCAGGGCAUAGCUGAAACCAAGGAAACUGUAGCACCCGAAGACAACAAAAGCGAUGCCCAUACUAAGGAAAAGAGAAAGCAAGGACGCACUGAUGAAGACAGAUCAAUGGGACAAGCUGAACAAAAUAAAAUAAAGCGACUCAAAACGGUUGACAAACUCAACGAAGAAGAAAACAUGCAAACCGAAGAAGAACAGGAAUCGCCAAAUAAUGAUAUGGAAGCAGAAGAAUAUCAGCACGUUAAAGAACCAAAAACAAGUGAUAAGCUUACUUUAGACAAUGCGACUGAAGAACAGUCUAAGAAAAUUCAGCCUCAGUCUGAAGAAGAGAAAACAAAUAAUAAUGAGGAUGAAGAAGCCGAUGAAAAUCAGUCACAAUUAAAUGAAGAACCAGAAGAAGAACUUGACAACAACGCAGAUCCCCAAGAAAUGAUCUCUGAAAAAAUGGAAAAGAAAUCGGAUAAGCCUUCAAAGUCUGAGCAAAGAAGUGAAAAUGCAGCAACUCAGGAGCAAUUAGAAGUGGAAGGUGAAGUUGUGGAAACAAUGACUAUGUCACGAAGUGACGACACUACUGCCCACUGCAAUAAGGAAAUACUUGCUGACAAGAGCGGCCAGGUUGAGGAACAAAGUGCAGCAAAAACGCUGGAAUUAAGAAGAAUAUACCAAGAUCAAAUUACUUCACAAAAACCCAUUAUUGCCCGAAAUGAGGACCAUGAAACAUGGCAUGCUGUAUCUAAUCGCAUGGCUCAAAAUGCUCGCGAUCUUUGCGAGCAAUUGCGUCUUAUUUUAGAACCAACAAAAUGUACACGAUUGAAGGGUGACUACCGUACUGGUCGACGCAUAAAUAUGAAAAAAAUUAUUCCGUACAUUGCCUCACAAUUCCGUAAAGACAAGAUCUGGCUGCGAAGAACAAAACCAGCCCAACGUGAUUACAAAAUCACUAUAGCUAUAGAUGAUUCGAAAUCAAUGCAUCACAACAAUUCUAAAGUCUUAACCCUGGAAGCUAUAUCUUUAGUGUCGCAAUCUUUGACUCUAUUAGAAAGUGGUCGUUUAAGCGUUAUAUCCUUUGGAGAACAACCCCAAAUAUUGCUUAAUCAUAACGAACAGUUCGAUGGACCAAAAUUGGUCAGUUCGUUACAGUUUUCACAGGAUAAAACGAAAAUUGCCGAUCUACUCGAUUUUAUACGGACGGCAAGCGCAGAGGAAGGUUCAUUCGGAUCCGACAAUGGAAUUUUUGAAAAUCUCCUGCUAAUUUUGAGUGAUGGUCGUAACAUAUUUAGUGAAGGCAAAUCGAAGGUAAAAAAUGCUAUUAAAUUAGCAAGACUUCAGCGAAUUUUCUUAGUUUACAUUAUCAUUGAUAAUCCAGAGAAUAAGAACUCAAUACUCGACAUACAAACAAUGGAGAUGUUGCCAAAUAAUUCUAUUAAUAUUAAGUCAUAUUUAGACGAUUUUCCCUUUCCCUAUUAUGUUAUAGUCAGAGAUUUGAAUCAAUUGCCUACAGUUUUAAGUGAAGCCAUGCGACAGUGGUUCGAAUUGGUUAAUAGUGAACAAUAAACAUUUAUUGCAAACAUGUUUACACAUAGUAUAGUUAUAGUAUGUAAAUUAUUUUAUAGUUAAAAUUUCCGAAAUACAUAUGUAAAAUAGAUUGUAUAAACAUAAUAUCGUAAAUUGUUGUUUUAUAUGAAAUUCGUCAAAUAAAAUUUAUUAAAUAUA